UUAGACGUGCGCGGUGACGGGUCCCCUGCUAGCGGGGUCUUUAGUAGAACAGUAUUAACAAACACAUGCAUUGCGAUCGAGAGCUCAAUGACAGACGCCUCUGAAACGAACGAAACGAACUUAUGAUGGGGGAUAUUGUUCAAACCUGUUUCAAUUUCUACCGAUGUAGCGAGAACUCCCAAUGUCCAAUAAGAACCCAUGUAUCGCAAAGCUGAGAUGCAGUGGCAGGAGUCGAAGCGCUUCCAAGAACCUAGACACGAACAAAUUAAGAGAUAAAAAACGAACACAUGAACUAUCCUCCCCACCCCUUUCCCCCGAUUUCCCAUCCUACCCCUUGUCACCAUUCGUACCAUCACAGUGAAGUGUGUGUUGAUGAAGGAAAGCAAAGCAUUUGACAAUAUCCAAAGCAUACCACCAAGAAAACCGAACAAAACCACUGAAAACAAACGCAUUUCGCAGACUCCACGCUAUACGACCGUCGAGACGUCGACACCGCGUCGUGAUGAGUCCUACACGUACUCAAAGACCUACAAGACCGUCACCGAGUCAUCCAACUCAUCCGAUCCGUACUCGCGCCCGUCCACCUCCUCGUCCACGUACUCGUCGACCACGGAGCGCAACAGCCGCGGUGGACCGGGCGGCUACUCGUACAGUACGGAGCGCACCUCGACCGCCGGCGGCGGCCCGGGCGGCUACAGCUACAGCUCGACCACAUCCGGACGCUUGCCGCACGGUACCACCUACCGGCACUACUCGUACCGCGUCUAAAACCCGGGCCCACCGAUCCCGAUCACCAGGAUCGCCACGCACCUGCGUUUCACCACACACCGACGACCGAGGGCACUGCGUAUUGUGUGCGUGUGCUCAUUCUAUCUCCCUCUGUAUCAUGCCUUCGAUCGUCACAAUAUACUAACCCCACUGUAAGAGUUUCUAAAUCACCUUUCACCAACAUCGGGGCACCUUUUGUGCAACUCGCACCGGCAAACGCAUCUGUGGAUGAGAUGGGUGAGCACUCGUCCCGCCAUCUGCGUACUGCUGCUAACCGCGGCUAGUACUGGCAGGCUAGUAGCGUAUGACACGUGUAGCGAAAUCCGGUUGGUGAACCGUACUAACCAUGUGUUGUGUUUAUCUCUGUACUCGCAUAUUAUACUCAGCAUAUUACGAAACCCUCCAAAGUUGAAUAACCUUUUGUGAAGCAACCAUUUUUUAAAAGCGACCCAAUGGACGGCCAAUGUUCGAAUCAAUAAAACCGAGACGAUAAGGAAAAAAAACAUUCUUAUCCAAUCGCUCCAAAACUGUUGUUGUGUUGUUGUUUUGUCCUUCAUUCCGCUUGAUGGAGUGGACACACACGGAACGCACACAAACACACACAUACAGGAACAAACACACGAACAGAAUUAUGCUGCAAAGAGCAGGUGGUGGGAAGCGUGAUAGUCUUUUAGUACAGUGGAAUGCGAUAUUGUUCAUACAUGGUGAAAUUAUCGAUUGCUAGUUUAGUGCUAGCCGGUGUUGUUAAAAAAAGGACAUCUGUAAUAAAUUUCGCUGAAGCCAAGCUUUCUAUACUCCCUAUAAUCCCUAUUAGAAAUAGCCAUUCAGCAACAGCCACUCUUAGCUAACGCCAUAGACGUACGCAGCCAAAACCAUUUGCCGCUGUCACAGCUCCACUGUACUAACUGUCAAAUCACGGACUUACACUAUCCACCUAUACACUAUCUGUAUCUAUAGCUCUUCCAACGAGAAAUCCUUCGCACAAACGUGUAUGAAAACAUUCCUUCUGAAGCGUUUC